CGUUGACUUUCCAAUAUAACAGAUCUCGAUUAAAUGAUAAAGGUUCAUUCCCAGUCUACUCCUGUUUAUCAAAGUCCGUGGCCCAGUAACAAUAUGGAAAUUCCAAAUUUAUCAAGACAAAUGUCUUACGAAGAAACACCUUCUUGGGAUUUGACUACAUACGAAAAUCGCUUGAGAACGUUUUAUGGAGUCUGGAAAUUAAAUUUUAUAACACCUGACCAAAUGGCCAAAGCUGGAUUAUAUUAUUUGGGCAUACAAGAUCGUGUUAGAUGUUUGUAUUGUUCUACAGAAUUCGAUUAUUGGCAACAAGGUGAUGAUCCGGUUGUUGAACAUAAACGGCAGUCUCCACAAUGUCAAUUUUUUAACGAUUCUUCUGCUGGUUAUGAUGUGUGUGGUAUUUAUAGUUCUGCUAUUAAUGAAAAAAAAAAUUCAAAAAAAGUUCAAGACUUGCUAGAUUCAGUGGGUAUUCUGAUGCAACCACCUAAGCACAGAGAUUUUGCCACCCUAGAAGCACGAUUGAAAUCUUUUGAAAAAUGUUUGAUACCAUUAAAACAAAAUAUUCAAACUCUAUGUGAAGUGGGAUUUUUUUAUAUAGGCAACGGUACAAAUGACCAAAUGCUUUGUUAUUACUGUAGUCAAGGUCUGAAGGACUGGGAAGAAAAUGAUGAACCGUGGACGGAACAUGCAAAAUGGGCCCAAUCCUGUAGUUUUGUGCAAUUACAUAAAGGCCAAAAUUUUGUGGAUAAAGUACGUGGCGUGAAAAGCACAAAAUUCAAUCAAACGGAGUUAUUCAAGCUGAUUGCUGAACGUAAGGAUAUGUCUAUUACUGAGAAUAAUAUGAAAGUAAAUUCGACAAAAAGGACUCACAUUGUCUGUCAAAGUCAUACACCUACGCCGGAAGCUUUCUUUGCAAAAUUUGCUUCAAAGAAGAGGUUAAAAUAGCGUGUAUCCCUUGUCUUCACACCAUUGCAUGUAUUGAAUGUGCAUUAACACUCAAACAGUGUGCUGUAUGUAGACAGCCGUUCAAUACGGUAAUGAGAGUACACUUAUCAAUGGACGAAGAAAACGUCAAAGAUAUCAAAGAUC